AUGCUAAACAGCAACCCUCUAGAACUCAUUUAUAACAAUGAGGAUCCUGAUACAUAUUUGCACUACAAUGGAACCGGAACAACUCCUGAAUUGCUAGUGGCUUCAAGCAACAUCGGCGAGCAUACACACCGCAAAAUAAUUGACGAUCCUGGUUCUGUCACAGGCAAAAUAAUUGACGAUCCUGGUUCUGGACACAAACCAGUUAUUGCUAGUAUUACCAUCGGGCGCAAAAGCAUGACAACGAAAGUGCCAACUAAGCUAUCAUGGAACUUCAAGAAGGCUGACUGGCCUAGGUUCACAAACCUUUUAGAGAAUGAACUUCACACAAGUCACAUCAACUUCAAUCAACAUCCUGACAAACUUUGCACUGAUCCCAACUUCAACCAACAUCCUGACAAACUUUGCAAUGAUAUCGACUUCAACCAACAUCCUGAUAAACUUUGCACUGAUAUCACUCUGACAAACUUUGCACUAAUAUCACGAAUAUUAUGA